AUGCGUUUCUCUAUGCUCAUCGCUGCUAUGCUGUCCACUGCGGCUAUCCCCGUUAUGUCUGCACCCAUCGAGCAGGUGUAUGAGCGGGAAUAUGAGGAUGUCAUGGCAAGAGAACCACUAUACCGAGGGCUGGGACCUGUCAGGCCGUUCAACUUCGGACGCAUGCCUAUUAUCGGAAGGGAGCCUGCGGCCACACACCAGAAGGAACCCGUCGCCUCGAGUAUACCUGCGAGCAUCAUGUCCAUGAUCCAUCGCUCACUGCCCGAGGACGAGCUCGAAGCUCGUGGGUGGUUCUCCGUCAUCAAGGACGGUGCGCAGGGUGUCGAGGCUCUCAAGAGUGCGCAUGACAGCAAGAAGAAGAACAAGAAGGGAAAACGGGACCUCGAGGACCUCGAGGAACUAUAUGAGCGGGAGUUCUAUGACUGGGACUUCGAGUAG